AGAAAUAAUGUAAAAGGAUAACAACAAAGAGAAGAAAGGAAAACUAUUUUUUUUUUUUUUAAUAAUGGAAUGGAAAACAUAUUAUCUAGAUUUGAUGCUUGUACCAUUAGAAUUUCUUAUGACUAUAGGUUAUUAUGUAUGGUUGUGGAAUAAGACUAGAAGAGAGCCUUUUUCCACUACAAUUGGAAUCAAUGCUCAUGCUAGACGUUUUUGGGUGCCUACUAUGUUGAAGGAUAUUGAAAAGAAGAACAUCCUAGUAGCUCAAAGUCUUAGAAACCAAUUAAUGGGAUCAACUCUUAUGGCCACCACAUCAAUUUUGCUUUCAGCUGGCUUAGCUGCUCUCAUGAGUAGCACUUAUAGUGUCAAAAAACCUCUUGAUGAUGUUGUCUAUGGUGCUCAUGGUGAAUUUAUGGUAGCACUUAAAUAUGUUACACUUCUUACCAUAUUCUUAUUCUCAUUUUUUUGUCACACACUUUCAAUUAGAUUUCUCAAUCAAUUAAGCAUCCUUAUUUGCACACCGCAAGAUGUUAUGUCUAUGGUGACUUCUGAAUAUUUGUCAGAUAUAUUGGAGAAAGGAACAACUUUGAACACUAUUGGAAAUAGAGUUUUCUACUCCGCACUCCCACUUUUGCUUUGGAUUUUUGGUCCAGUGAUGGUUUUCUUAUGCUCUUUGGUUAUGUUGAUAGUGUUUUACAACCUUGACGUUGUUUGUGGAAGUGGAAAAGCUAAGAUAAUAUUGAAUGGUGAAAGCAACUAUGUCUAAUGUGGUUAGCUAAGAGAAAAAAAUAUAUAAAUAGAUAAUAUUAUAUGGUUUAAAUA